GCGUUUGAUCGUUAACAUUAAGAUCCUCUACAUUGUCAGCAAAUCUGUAGAAACUACUACAAUCGUCUACAAAGACAUGGACUCUACGGGGAUUGUUGGAUGCUUCAUAGUACUCUCCAAAACCUUGGAUUUCAAACCGUCGAAUAGUAUUCUCUUCAGGAUUGAGGUAGAAAACAUAAAACGGUUGUCCGGAUGCCAUCGACAAAAAAAAUUAAACCUUCUUUUAUAUGGAGUUUACAACAUUUCAUGGUUCUCAUCAAACCUUCUUUUCCCAUUCAUCAAGAGGCAAUCGUGUUUGAUUUCCAGCCUGUUAAUCCCGAAAGCAUAGAAGCAGCAAUCUCGAUUUUAUCAAGAAAAUCGAUUCGAGGUGUGGUGAUGCAAAGAAAAUUGAAGAAUGUUCCUAAACAAAAAUGUUGGAUGGUUGGAUCAUCCAAAGGGAAUAAUGCCAUGGAAAUGGCAAUUGAGUUUAAUAGCUCAUGGGUAACUGGUCUUAGAGUUGGCUUUCAUGAUUGCCGACAUUAUACCAAUGGUACUAUUACAAGCUUUGACUUUGUUUUUUAUAACAUAAUAAAGUCUCGUAAGUCUUGGUUUGUUUUCAUCCACAGAACUUGUUGAACAUCUUACCGGAGAAGUACAAAUUGUUGAGCGAUUCACGAGUAGCUACCGCAGUUAGCAUCCACCUCAAGAAUGGAUGAAACAUAUGUUCACUUAUCUACCAAGAUAUAUGGCCAGCACUUAUAAGUAUCUUGUAAGUUUUAAAACGAAUAACAACACCAAAUGACAAGUACACAAACCAAUAUAACCAACAAGAAACCCAAAACGUAAAUCUUCUAACUUCCUGUUGUUUCCAAACCCCCAAAAUCUAUACAAUAUAUGAAACUAGGUCGGCCCGCCCUAUGGGCGGAAUAUUAGUUAACUUGAUAUUCACUAAAUGCUCGAGUUGAAAUUUGUUUUAAGAUUCAAGAAUUUGGUUAUCUGUUAUAUCUUACUUAUUAGUAUGUGGUGGUAUAGUUGUUUGUCGAUUAUUCUUGCUUUGGUAUUGUAUCAAAUUAACUAAUUAUCCAACUCAUAAUUAUAGAUGUACAAAUGUGGAUUUGUGAUAAAGUUUGAUGA